AUGGCCAGUAGUGAUGUUGCCACAGAUAGUGACAGUUUUGUGCCUGAACCCUUUGUGAGAAGAGGUACUUUCCAAGACCCAUCUUGGAACGAACGCAAUCUUCUCAGCCUUGAUGGAGGCGGUGUUCGCGGAUACUGGUCACUUUUGGUUUUGGAGAAAUUGAUGGAAGCGAUUGGAGAAGAGGAACAUAGGCAAGCACUUGAAGCGGAUGAAGAUGUGCACAACCUGCACAGCUUUCUUCCUUCGGAGCUACCCCCAAAUGUUACUCAAUGUCCACGACCACCCAGAGAUCAGCAGCCGUCGAAGGCGUUCUACGCGCAGCGAUUCUUACCGUGUCAUUAUUUUGACCUUUUGUGUGGGUCAAGUACAGGAAGUUUGAUAGCCAUCAUGUUGUGCCGAUUUCGUAUGACUGUCCAGGAUUGCCUGCAAGAGUACGAGAAAAUGAGCCACUCGAUCUUCGGAAACCCCCGUUGGAUUUCGCAGCGUAAUGUCUUCAUUGUUCCUUGGCCAAAGUACAGUGCCAAAGCGAUGGAGCGAGCGUUCAAGGAAGUGACAGAUCGACGGGGCGAACGAUUAGAUUUAGAAAGAGAUGCAUCGCCUCUACCUACUUUCAAGACCAAGCCAGGAGUUUGUUCAAUGUUUGCUACCACCUUUCGAAGAACGAAAAGCAAGGAGGUCAACGUCAAGACAUUGUACCUGCUUCGGUCGUACAUCCAUCCAGAGAAGAAGAACUUGAGACGGAAGCCUUGGCGGAUAAACUUUACUUCAGAGGGCGACAUGGAGAUCUGGAAAAUUGCACGGGCAGCAACUGCAGCGCCAUUUUACUUCAGCGAGCUCAAGAUUAAAUCCGACUCAAAGGGCAAGGUCUACUACUCAGACGGUGGCUUUGGUCAAACGAAUAACCCGACCCUUGAAGGAAUUCGAGAACUGGAAACUCUACAUCGCCGGCUUGAGGGUGACAAUGUCAUCUCUGGGUCCAUUGGUGUCAUUGUGAGCAUCGGGACAGCAAGAGCAGAUGACAAACCGGGUGGGACUAGCAUCUUCAAACGGGCCAAGGAGGCUUUUGGGAGGGCGACCAACCCACAACAUGUCGCUGAGGCCGUAAACUAUGACGAUCGGCGUAACUGCUGGCGAUUCAACGACGAACAAGGCCUCAAAAUCGAGUUAGAUGAUUGGAAACCGAGCAACAGCUCGAGACCAGGUCACAAAUCUAUCGCUCUUAUGCGGGCCGGCUUCAACGAGUGGCUGUUAAGCGGGGACAACAUCGACACAAUCAAGGCCUGCGCACGAGAGCUUGUCAUCCGACGGAGACAGAGGACGCUGAAUGCAGCAAAGUGGGAACGGUUCGCGACUGUUGCAGAGUUCCACUGCCCCUCCAGCGAUUGUCACAACACAGCGAUCGAGACCCGUGAUGACUUCAUAGAGCACUUCGACUCGAAGCAUGCACGUCAACCACACGAACACUCCUAUGGAGUACCAGAAAUUACAACAUGGAGAUAUCCAAGCGUUUCGACAAGCCGAUCAUCGACCGUCAUCUGA